GGGUCUCCCUGGGACCACCUGGUCCGCCCUAGCUCCGCGGGUCUUCAGGGGCUCAUCUCGGCCGGCAAGAGCCUUCUGAGGAAGCCCACGAGCGGGUUGUCCUCAUCUAUAAGCUGCCCAGACAGGGAUGCCCCUGGCUUUGCUUCCCCUAGUUCCCAAGUGGGCCGCGAGCCCCGACGCAGGUCCCUCUGGCCCAGCGGCGCAGCUGGAACCCUCGCCAGGGUGGGAGAGGUGCGAGGGAGGCGGACUGGAAGCAGGGCACGCCUGGGGCCUCCCAACUGCUGCUCGCUCUUUGCAUAUUCAUGAGUCCCAACAGCGAGGCCAGCCACCCCGGGCUAUCCUUGGAGACAUAAUGAAUUAUUCAUAAGAGGUAUCUGGCCCCGCCCAGGAAGGGCUCCUUGAUUAUUCAUGAGCCCCGUGGCAGUUGGAAAAGUCCGUUGGGUUCUGGUGAGAACAAGGCGUCGACCAGCCGAGGUGAGCGCUGUCCAGAGGUUAUAUUUGUUGAAAGACUCCUGAUCCAUUCCCAUGAUGUCUACUCAGCUCUGUCGCUCUAUCAGAACACAAAAAGCAUCUAAGGGAACAGUUUUCCCAUCCCAAAUCACUAACGAACACGAAUCACUGGUAAUGGUGAAGAAACUUUUUGCUACUUCUAUCUCGUGUAUAACGUACCUAAGGGGCCUGUUUCCAGAGAGCUCCUAUGGAGAACGUCAUUUGGAUGAUCUCAGUUUAAAAAUUCUCCGAGAAGACAAAAAAUGUCCUGGGUCACUGCAUAUUAUCAAGUGGAUUCAAGGUUGUUUUCAUGCUUUGGAAAAGAAAUACCUACACAUGGCAGUACUUAUAAUAUAUACAAAUCCUAAGGAACCUGAGAAUGUUACUGAGAUAUACCAGUUCAAAUUCAAAUACACAAAAGAAGGCGCCACUAUGGAUUUUGACAGUAGUAAUACAAGCUUUGAAAGUGGGACGAGCAGUGAAGAUAUUAAGAAAGCCAGUGUUCUACUGAUUCGUAAAUUGUACAUAUUGAUGCAAAACCUUGGACCCCUUCCUAAUGAUGUUAUACUUACUAUGAAACUCCAUUACUAUAAGGAAGUGACCCCACAUGACUACCAACCCCCUGGUUUUAAAGAAGGAGUGGACUCACACUUCCUGCUGUUUGCGGGAGACCCCAUCAACCUGCAAGUGGGAUUGGUCUCCACGGGCUUUCAUAGCAUGAAAGUGAAAGUCACAACGGAGGCCUCCAGAGUGGCUGAUUUAGAGAAUAAUCUCUUUCUGGAGAACAGCACUACUGAGAUUGCUCAUCAGGGCCUAGACUGUGAUGAGGAGGAAGAGGAAAGCAACAAUCAAGUAAGGCCAAGUUUUAGUGAUCCUCCAUUGCUUUAGUUAAAUACAGUUGACAUUCUUUCAGUUCAUACACAGGUCAUGUCACAGUAACAAAGUCCAAUGGAGCAUGCCAGGUAUAAACACUGAAACAGAACUAGUCCCUGAUGUCAAGGAAUUUUUAGUUUAAAAAUAUAGUCUUCAAGAAAUAAAUAUAUGUUGUUAGAUGAAAUUGUUCAUGACUAGAGGGAAAAAAGAUUCCCUGAUGUAUUUAUUUUAUUAAAGUCACCCAUAAAUUACAAAAUUUAGAGGUUUCUUCUUUUCCUUUACAAAUAACAGGUUCUUAGGACUGUGUAAUAUUUAGGUGUCUGUUCAUACUCCAUAGAAGUGUACAGCUCAGCUCUUGAUUGCUGGAGUAAUUGGGUAGAAAGGGGUUGGGAAAGAAAAAGUUUAUAGAUUAACCCAAGUCAGUGUGGAAACAAAGUGAUCAUCAAUUCUCACGAUGUCAAGAGAUACAAGCUUUGAGAUCAGAUUACUGGGGAAAGCCAGUGGGCGGGUGAGGUUGCAACUAUUGGGGCUGAACAGGCAGUACUCUGAGCUCUUUAUUUUACUGUUGGUACAGAGACUUAAGAGUUAGUUGGCUACUUACUAGGGCCCCCUUGUGCCUGGGGAAAUCUCAUCAUUAAUUGGCCUUUCCUACAUAGUAAUAUUUACUGUAAUAUUAGUAAUAUGCUAGCGGUAUAUAUUAAAAGGGUCUGGGACCAAAUAAAUAAAUAAAUAAAUUCAAACUGCUAAGUGGGAAAGGAUGCUAUAAAAUUUUUUCAGGAGAUAUAUUAAGAUUAGGUUGGUAACUUAUUUGCCUGAGAUAGUCUGGGUCCUACUUGAAAUGGCUGUACUUGACAAUUUCUGGAGGUGCCUUCUGGAUCUUUAAUUCUGUGUUAUGUUUAAUACAUUGAAGAGAGGGCCUAAUUUUAAUUCAAUUAGUAUAAAUGGUAAAGCCAAUCAAAUAAGAGGUUUUUUCAUUAGUAUUUCACAAUGUCAGACUUAAAAAUGGCUUUAGAUUUUGCUACAAUUUUCUUCUUUUGGUUCUAUUUAAGGAAGGUGGCUAAGAUAGGCUAAAAAAUAGAAGUUAAGGAAAGAAUAAACAUGUUUAAACUGGAUUAUUAUCCUUAAAAGAUUAAGAAUUUCAUUCUCUUCUGCCAAAUGAAAUGUGAGCAAGGCAGCCUGAGAAGGGAGAGUGCAAUUGAUAGAUUAAAUAAGGCAUGCAAUAAUACUUCCUAAGCAUAUAUUUAGUAGAAACUGCCUCUAUAAAGAUCUACAGUUUAUGGUAAACUUGUAGGUGAGUCAAGUUCCUCUCUUGCCAGCCAAUCAUAUUGGAGAAUUUAGUAAAUCUAGUGAAGUGUUAGUAACAUUUUCCCACUAAGAAUUCCUAUUGUUAUUCCUUCAUGGAACAUAAUAUAUAUUCAUUCACCUGUAUACACAUAUAGGAUCUUUACCUGAUUGCCUUAAAAAUCUUUUAUUUUUAAAUAUACCAUGUAUCAUACAGUAUGUAAAAGUAAUAUGUACAACACAAAUAACAAUAAAAAAUAUUUAUAUACUCUUCAGUUUGGCUAAGAAGUAAAACAUUGUCUCUACCUAGAAGCUACCUUUUUCUUCAUUGUACCACCACUUUAAUCUAAAGGUAGCCAUCUACUGAUUUUGAUGAUAAUUCUUCCUUUGUUCUUCUUUUUGUCAUUGAGUCUCUUGCUGGAUCAUUAAAAUUGAGAUUCAUCCAC